UCUAAGUCCAUGCAGGUAUGCAUGAGUAGCCUGGGUUAAGUGUGUGGCCUGGGUUAUUUUAAUUACAGACAUAUUCCACACAGUAUCUGUUGCUAAGACUCCAUUCUGUGGCACCGGCACGUGUGUGCUGUGUACUCUGACUGAUAAAACCACAUUAAAUCACUAACACUCCAUUAAAUCAUUUAUCCCUGUUCAAUUUAAAACUCAUAUCAAGAUGUGAAGGUAGUGACACAGACAUUAAACCUGUGUUGACACAGUUAAAAGGUUUUACUGGUAUAUGUAGCCUACCUACUAGUUUUGAACACACCCUGGUUUUUCUAACUCUAAAAUCAUUGUUACUCUGCAACAGCUUUCAUAGUGAUCCACAUUACUUAUGGAGAGUGCCGCAAGAGCUGAGCUUGUCUGCAACCACACAGAUGCAUGGGACUGGGUUUAUACCAUGCAACCUGCCUAUAUGUCCAUUAUCUGCCUUCUUGGAGUGAUCGGCAACUCCUUUGUGCUUUGUGUGUUCUGUCUCCAGAAGCGGCGCAGCUCUGUGGCCGACAUCUACCUGAGCAACCUGGCAGCAGCGGAUCUCCUCAUGGUUUCUUGCCUGCCGUUCUGGGUAGCAACCAUUAUCAACAAGUUCCACUGGAGGUUUGGGGAGCCCAUGUGCCAGCUUAUUAACAUUGUCAUUGGGAUGAAUUAUUAUUGCAGUGUGCUGUUCCUCACGCUUGUGAGCGUGGACAGAUACCUGGCCCUUACUAGACCCCUAACCCAGGGGCGGGAGAGACGGGCCUUCUGGGCACGUGGGAUUUGCUUCAGUAUCUGGGUUGCUGGUGUCUUGCUCAGCUUCCCUGCUAUCCUCUUCCGCUCCGUCCAGUUCUUCCCACAUCUGGGCAUUGACGCAUGCUACCUAGCAUAUCCACAUGAAGGCUGGAGACUGCGCUACAACAUGACUGUCAGCACAGUAGGCUUCCUUGUCCCUGUUCCCAUUGUGUCCUUCUGUAGUUACAAAAUCACUAAAGCUCUUCGGAGUAGCCAGAAUGUGAGAAAUGCCAGCAAAGGCAGUGUGGAAAGAAAGGCGGCGUACCUUGUUCUCGUUGUUCUGGCUGUGUUCAUUCUCUGUUGGCUGCCCUACCAGGUUCUGAUCUUCUUGGACACCUUGGAUCAUUAUGAAGUCGUCACUGGAUGCACUUGGGCGUACGUGUUGGACAUUGGAAACCAGUUGGCUACCUACCUUGGCUACAGCAACAGCUCAUUGAAUCCUUUCCUGUACGUGAUUGUGGGGAAGCAUUUUAAGCUGAGGGCAAGGGAAGUUUGUAGGUUAGUGCUGUACAGAAGGAAAAGGAAAUGGGGGAAGUCCGGUCUUUCCAAUGUCAAUCACAACUCAACUAAACAAACUGAGAGUACUAAAAUCUAAAUCUACCUACACACAGAGACAAAACAGAUGUUAAAUAAAUUAGUUUAUUUUAGAGGCAAAUAGUGAAUUUUAAAUAGACUUAUCAUUACAUAAUUAUUUACUAACCUAUGGCCACAUAAAG